UGUGGGUUCGCGUUUGUUUCAGUUUCUGUUUUUUUUUAGUUCUGGUUUCUGACAUAAGCAACAGAUGCGAUGGAAAGUCUCAGUAAAUUGUUGUCUGUGUCUCUCAGUGUGUACAUUCAAGUUUAGUUUGUGUUUAACAACAUGAAGACAGUGGAUUUAAUCUGUAUUGUUUCCAUGGUCGUGAAUGGUGUGUUUGGUGAUACAGUGUCAGUGAUGGAGGGAGAUUCUGUUACUCUACACACUGGUCUGAAUGCAAUACAGUUGGAUGUUGUAAUCGAGUGGAUGUUUGGAAAUGAUCAGGUUCUCAUAGCUGUUAUCAACAGAGCAGCUAAUACAAUCUCAUUGGAUGGAGCUGAUGGGAGAUUCAGGGACAGAUUGAAGCUGAACAAUCAGACUGGAGAUCUCACCAUCACAAACAUCAGAUCUGAACACACUGGAGUUUAUAAACUAGAGAUCACUGGAGAGAAGACCACAACAAAAACAUUCAGUGUCAGUGUGUUUGGCGGUACAGGAGGAGUGAAACAAAUGUCAGUGAUGGAGGGAGAUUCUGUUACUCUACACACUGAUCUUACUGAAAUACAGAGAGAUGAGAAGAUACUGUGGCUUUAUGAACAUGAAAAUACAGUCUUAGCUCAAAUUAACAGAGCAGCCCAUAUCUUUUUUAUAAAUGAUAUUGCUAAAAAAAGAAUCGUACCCAAACUACAUGUGGAUCAUCAGAAAGGAGAUCUCACCAUCAGAAACAUCGGAGCGGCACAGUCUGGACUUUAUCAAGUACACAUCAUCAGCGGCAUGCAUACUAUACAUAAGAGAUUCAAUAUUACUGUCAGUGAUGGAUUUAAGACAAUCUCAAUAAUGAAAGGAGAUUCUGUUACCCUACACACUGAUCUUACUGACAUACAGAGAGAUCAUGUGAUGUGGUGGAUCUCUGAUACAGUCAUAGCUGAAAUAGAUGGAAAGGCCCAGAUCAUUUCUACAUACGAUGGUAAUAAUGGGAGAUUCGGAGACAGACUGAAGCUGAACAAUCAGACUGGAGAUCUCACCAUCACUGACAUCAGAUCCACAGAGGCGGGACUUUAUAAUCUUGAGAUCAGCGGCAUUGGACACACCUUACACAAGAUGUUUAUUCUUACUGUUUGUGAUGUGGUGAAGACUGUGAAAGUGACUGAGGGAAAACCUACUACUCUUCAUGCUGGUGUUAGGUCAAAGACUUAUAAUCAACUAUCGUGGCAUUAUAAAGACACUUUUAUAGCUCAACUGAGCAAAACAGGCCAGAUCAAAUUGACACACGAUGGGAGAUUCAGAGACAAACUGGAGAUAAACAAUCAGACUGGAGAUCUCACCAUCACAAACAUCAGACCUGAACACACUGGAGUUUAUAAAGUACAGAUCAGCAGCAGCAGACUUACUUUAAUAAAGAAAUUUGAUGUUAUUGUUUAUGCACAAGAUUCCUUCAGUUUAGCUCAAACAGUAAUACUAUGUACUGCUGUCGUACCGUUAUUACUGGUGAUGUUGAUUGUGAUCAUUGGUUGCUGCCAGAUGACUCUUCUAAAGAUUAAAAAAGAGAAAUCAACCAAACAAAAAGCAUUUCCCCAACACGCAAUGAUUAAAUUGAAAGAUGAUACAUUACCAGAAGAGAAGAAAAGUACUGAUGUAUCUCAAUUCAUCUCUGCCCCUUUUCAAAUCAACAAACAAUGCAAAAGACUUUUUAAAAGCCUCGAAGAUCUUCCUUGUACAGUAUGAAUGAGUUUAAACUUUGAUAUUUAUUUGUAUUGCGUGGAAAUAUUACAAUUAAAGGUUUCCCGCAUGGAUCAUUUUAAAAGCAAGUUGUAUAUUAAGGAUCAGCAAUAUUUUCACACAGCACAUAAUUUGUAGCUUUCAUGUUUCAACAAAUCGUGUUUUAUCUGACAGCUUAUGAUUUUAAAUUAAUUGAAAUUUGAUCAUGUAUGUGAAAAAUCCAGUCUCAUGAUGAGUUUUAGGACCAUCAAAGUUUGAUUUCACAUUGAUUUGAAUCUUUAACAUGAUCUUACUUUGUCAAUAUUAAAGAAAUCAAGAUUAGAUUUUCACAAAAUGAUUAUGUACAUUAUGUAGGAUGUUUAUGUAGAAAACACUAAAUCACAAUGUUGUAAAUAUAAAUAGUUUAGGAAACUUCUUUCUUUGUUCUCUUUGUCUUUAUUCUUCUGCAGACCUUGUGUAAUCAAAUCACUUAAAUUAAUUCAAUGUAUUCCUUGGGACAUACAUCAAAUAUGACACAACAAUGUAGAAAAUGACUUUUAUUUGUUAAAUGUAAUGAAUGUGUUUUGUUAUAGCCACAUGGCAUGAAGAAGCUGCUGCAGGUGUUUUUAACUUCAUCUGUUCAACAGAUAGCGGUACAUUAAACUGUAUUUGUGUAUAAAGCCUUAUUUAGAAAGUUUGAUCUGUCCAUCAGUAGUUGAUGUUAUAUUGAUCAGAGUUGGCGGCUAGUGAAUAAAGGGCACUGGGGCGCCGCCCCCUUAAAGUUGACAAGAGCUUUUUUAACAUUCUACCAAAAAUGUAAAUAUAUAGUGCAAAUUAUUACAAAAUAAAAUCAUUUAUGGCGCUUUUCCAUUGCAUAGUACCCCACGGUUUAGUUUAGUUUAGGUCGGGUCAGCUCACCUCACUUUGGCGUGGUUAGCUUUUCCAUCGAGUUUAGUAUCACUUCGGAGUGGGAGGGAUUAUAGGCGUGUCGUUAUAUUUACGCUGCCUACUGCUGUGACAUCAUACACGUGAGAGCGUUGUUGUACAUUCCCAUACAUUCAUUUAUUUCUCAGUCUGACACAAAAUUAAAAUUGGCCACCACAAAUAGAUGUUUGCACAUCGCGUUUAUAACUACCUCUGUCUCACAUGACAGUUUCUGUUCAAACACCCGACCCGUGGCGUCAGUCGACGGCGCUCCGCUGAGCCUCAUUCAAGUUGCAUUUAAGCAUAUAUAAUGCGGACGUGCACGUCGCGAAUGUGCCGCAACAAACUGCAAGUCUGGAAAAAACUGUUAUGGUGUCCCGGAUUCUCAACCUGCGGAUGUUUUUCAUCGCUAAAAGGGUGUUUGGAAACUUAUAGCAGAACACAGAUAACAACAUGUUUGCUUGAGACAGCGCAAGCUAGCAGUAAGCUAAAGCUAAUAUUUACAUUAUAGCGAUGACGUGACGAUUCUCUCAGACCAAUCAGUGAUCUACAGUGUUUUCGCGUCACGUUUGGUAUCAGCUCGGGUCGCUUGGAACCCCAACCGAGGUGGUACGAAAAAAAGUAUCGGGUACUACGUACUGCACCCAAUGGAAAAGCUCCCAAAAGUAAGCUGACCCGACCCAAACUAAACUAAACCGUGGGGUACUAUGCAAUGGAAAAGCGCCAUUAGUUGUACUAUUUCACUGUUAGGCAUGCUAUCAUUUAUUAAAA